AUGCCUCAUCCUGACGAAAAGGUACACCCUGCAGCUACAGGUUUAGCUAAAGAUACGGUCGAUAAGCAUCAAGACGAUGCAGACUUAGUAUUCUGGAGCGGAUGGUUCUGUCCUUUCAACCAGAGAAUCUGGAUGGCUCUGGAAGAGCGAAAAAUCUCUUACAAAUAUCAAGAGGUGAACCCAUAUAAGAAGGAAAAGCACUUCUUAGAUUUGAACCCUUUGGGUCUUGUACCUACUCUUGAGAUUAAAUCUGAAGGAGACUCGCAAAACAAGGCACUAUAUGAAUCUGAUGUUCUUGUGGAAUUCCUCGAGGAUCUCUAUCCAGCAAGUGAGGAACAUCCCUCGAUUUUCCCUCAGGACACUUAUGAGAAAAGUUGGGCUAGGUUGAACGUUCAACACAUCACCAAGAAAAUCAUUCCGGCCUAUUUCAAACUUCAGCAAUUCCAAGAUAGUUCUGAUCAAGAGAAAGCCAGAGAAGAACUUUACAGUGGCCUUCGAACUUUAGCUGAAAGAGUAAAAAGACCUUAUUUCGCCGGUGAACAAUUCACUGCUGUCGAUAUGUCUAUCGCUCCAUUCGUAAGAAGAUUCUAUAACCUUGUUGAGUAUAGGGAUUUGGACGAAAGUAAAGUCGGUAAUGGAUGGUUAGAAUAUCGCGAGAAAUUACUCGACCGAGAAUCACUGAAAGAUACUAGCUCGGAGGAUAAAUAUUACGCUGAACUCUUAUCUCGUUACCUCAAAAACGAAGCUCAGUCAGAAGUUGCCAAAUCUACACGAGGAGGUCAAAGCUUGCCUUAA